CUACAAGGUGCAUCCCAGUUGAGCCCCUCCCUAAUAUUCGCAAGCUCUUGAGCGUCGUGCGUUUGACGCGCAAGUUUGCACGGCGGUUGCAUGGCUGAACAGGUGCACGGAUACGUUUCUUUUCCCCCCUCAGUAACGCGGAAUGUAGACAGCAUUGGUAAAUAAAUAUGGGUGGACGCUUGCUGACCGCGGAUGAUCAAACCGGACGAGGCUUCAACACUUUCUUCUCUAAUCUGCUCGCUUUUUGCGUGGAUUUAGCCGCCACCUGUUUCUCCCGUGACGCAGACAAACUUUGCGUCCCCAUCGGUCUCUGCUCUCUGUCUGCGCUGUUUUUACUCCUGUCGUGCCUCGUGUUGAUGUAUCAGAGGUGCAAAUUUCGUGGAGAAAACCCGGGACAAACCAUCAUUUUCUUCUACUGCUUCUUCGGCAACCUGUGCAGUACUGUUGGAGCCACUCUGUCCAGACAGCUGUACAUUCAGAUUUUAAUGGGUGCUUCUGCUGCUGCUAUGGAUGCUGUCAGUUUUGUGUCCUGCUGCUUCCCAGCGUUCCUGUGCUGGAACUCACAGAGGGAAAGGAGGCUGAGGACAAUGAGGAGGCGCAGGAGGCAGCACCUCCUCGCAGUGUGCGUACUGAUGGUGGUUGCGGGAGGUUUUCUGAAGUCCACGGUCACCCACCACCCAGCAGAGAGGCAUCUCAGUGGGAGGGGACUGCUGCAUGUCACCCUCCAACAGGACAACACUGAAAUCCUGGGCUACAUCCUCGGCUUGAUCUCUUUUGUCAUUGCCUGUACCUCCAGGUUCCCUGCAGUCUGCAGAGCCUACAGAGGACAGAUGUUGACCUGGGCCUACAUGUUCUCAGGACUGCUGUGCUCACUGUCUGGUGCCCUCUACGCUGCUGCCAUACUCCUCUACGACACUCGGUUUAGGUUUCUUCUGAAAGUCAUGCCGUGGCUACUCUCAGCGAUCUGCUGUGUCACUCUGGAUCUUCUCAUUCUAGUCCUCCACUGGUGCAAGAGAGGGACCGGGCAGCGCGCUAUGAAGUUUUCUCCAGACACAGAGAGCCUUUUAGGAAGCUCAGGCAUCCCCACUGAAGAGAAAGAUGUUAUGAAGAAACAUAGAAAACACAAAGUUGACUCAUCAGCAGAAACAAAAACAAAAAAUGUCCAGAGGAUGACUGAAAUGGGCCGUUACAUGGAUGUCAAUAUACACCCUGCAAGAAAAAUAUGCCUGAAGGAGGUGACUCUGUCCAAGGAGGCGGCGGAGGACCGUUCUCCCAACAAGACAGUGCGAGUGGUCAGAGUCGACAGUUUUUGCUUUUCAGAUACAUCCUGUGACUCUUCACCAGUCAGCUCUGAUCUGGAGUGGGAUUUUGAAGAGGCAAAUGGCCACUGGAGAGAACCAACAGCAAAACAACAGCAGGGGGAUGAGUUCCCCCUCCAAGACUGGAUCCCAGCAAACGCCAGACCCUUUAACAUCUGCACCUGUGCCAUGUCUGGACUCCCACAGAAAAAGAGUCUGUCUGUUAAAGAAGAGGGUCAGAGUGUCUCUGCUGUAAGCUUGGCAAAAUGACAAACAACUGUCGUUUUCAGAGGUAGAGGUAGAUACACGCUUGAUCUUGUGCUUUCAUUUGAGAGGCAAUAAAAUCUGCAAACGCUAGCCUGUUAUCUGUCUUGUUGUAGUGUACUGCUUUACAGUUUGGCUAAUGUGUGUGUGUAAUAAACUGUGACAUCAGCUGA